GUAAAUAUGAGAGGAUAAAGGGAGGAAAAAGACAAUAAAAGUCAAAAUGGGUGUGAGCUUAUGCUUCACCACUUCCGCCACUUACACUCUUCCUUCAUUCUCCUCCUCCUACAACAGAUCACCAUCGCUUUCCCAAACCCUGUUUUUCCCGUUUUGCCCCAAGCCCCUCUUCUCCCUCAACCUCAUGUCCAAGUCCAAGUGUGGCAACGUUGAUGACCACACGCUCACGUCAUCACUCUUCGAUUACCAUCGCUUCGAUCAUCAACUGCUCCAAUCCAUCGCUUACGAUUCUCUUGUUUGGGCCUCACUUCACGGCCUCCUCGUUGGCCACAAAUCCAUCCAGAAUUCCGGAACUGUCCCUGGUGUUGGCUUGGUUCAUGCGCCCUUUGCAUUGUUGCCGAAUCCAUUCCCUGAGAUUCAUUGGAAGCAAGCGUGUCACUUAGCCCCUUUGUUCAAUGAACUUGUUGAUCGAGUUAGUUUGGACGGAAAAUUUCUCCAAGAAUCUCUCUCCAGAACUAAGAAGGUUGAUGAAUUUACCUCCAGACUUUUAGAUAUUCAUUCCAAGAUGCUAGAGAUUAACAAGAAAGAGGAUAUACGAUUGGGAUUACAUCGUUCAGACUAUAUGCUUGAUGAACAGACUAACUCACUUCUACAAAUAGAGCUCAACACUAUUUCCUCUUCUUUUGCUGGUCUUAGCAGCCUUGUGUCCAAACUUCAUAGGAACACACUAAGUCACUAUGGAAAAUUGCUUGGACUAGAUUCUGAAAGGGUUCCUGCCAAUAAUUCUGUCAACCUGUUUGUAGAGGCAUUAGCUAAAGCUUGGAGUGAGUAUAAUAACCCCAGGGCUGUGAUUAUGUUUAUAGUUCAGGCUGUGGAACGAAACAUGUAUGACCAACAUUUUCUCUCUGUAUAUCUAAGAGAAAGGCAUCACAUUACAACCAUACGAAAAACAUUGGCAGAAGUUGAUCAAGAAGGAGAACUACUACCGGAUGGAACACUUGCUGUGGGUGGACAAGCAAUUGCUGUCAUUUACUUCAGGGCUGGCUAUACACCAGCUGACUUUCCUUCAGAAUCAUUUUCUCUGGUUGAUUUAUCUUUCCUAAGUGUCUGGAUUAAAUCUAUAAGCAGGUUCCUUGAAAACAAAGAUGAUAUUGCCAAACUGCGUGAAUGCUUUGCGGGAUUGUGGAGUUUGGAUGACUCAGAUAUUGCAAGAAAAGCAAUUGAAAGGCCAGAACUAUAUGUGAUGAAGCCCCAAAGAGAAGGAGGAGGAAACAACAUUUAUGGUGAUGCUGUGAGGGAAACCCUCCAAAAAUUACAGAAAGCAGGUUCUCAAGAAGAUGCAGCUUACAUUCUUAUGCAGAGAAUAUUUCCAACUACUAGUGCAGCAAUUUUGAUGCGUGAUGGUUGUUGGCAUAAGGAUCAUGCCAUUUCCGAACUCGGGAUAUAUGGUACUUAUUUAAGGAAUAAGGAUAAGGUCAUCAUGAACAACCAAAGUGGGUAUUUGAUGCGUACAAAAGUAUCGUCAUCGGAUGAAGGUGGAGUUGCAGCUGGUUUUGCAGUAUUAGAUAGUGUAUACCUCACUUGAAGUGGUAAGCCUGUGAAGUUUUCAGGGUAACCUUAAAGUAAAAACAUUAUAUUCUUGAUGGAUUGGUUGGUAACAUAUAAUGAAUCUUUGGUCAUAAUUUUAUUUCCCUUACUCCUUAACAAGUUAAGGAAAAGAGGAGGCCUAGUUUGUUGUACUGAAAGCCGAAAGGCCUCUUGCUUAAUUCCAUGUUUCUGACCAGUAAAGAUUGAUUAACUGUUCAAACUGCUCUCUUUUGAUGGCAAUGACAUAAGAUGGUAAGCAUCCACUUGGCCCGUGAA